GAAGGGCAGUUAAUGAAGCAAAAGAAAAAAAGAGCCAUUGAGAAUACAUGUACCGCUUUGUCCGUGAGGAUCUAUUUUUUCAAGACAGAAAUACUGUGUGUCCAGAUUCAUUCAUUCAUUGAUUUUCUCAAACUAUUCAUUACCAUAACCGACACACAAUAACUGUCCAAUUUUCAAACAAACCAACCCAUGAAAAUUAAAACCGCUUUCAAUGCCUUCUCAUUCGCCAUUUCCAUUUCCAUUACACAUAACAUGACAUGUCAUCACAUUCACCACUAAUAUACCAUCAUACCAAUACCAUCAGAUUCAUACACCCCCCAAAUUUUCUUCCUGGAAUCGAUGAUGAAAUGCUAUUGAUUUCUUAAUAUCGGUGAACAGGUAAAACUAGUGAAACUGUUUCAAUGGCAACUCUGAGCAAUGCUACAAAUAUCUUUUGGCAAGAUUGUCAACUCGGAAAACCUGAGAGGCAGAAGCUACUUAACCAAAAGGGAUGUGUUGUAUGGAUUACUGGACUCAGUGGAUCAGGAAAAAGCACGUUGGCAUGUUCACUAAGCAGUGAACUGCACUCAAGGGGAAAAUUAUCUUAUAUCCUUGAUGGAGACAACCUUCGGCAUGGACUUAACAAGGAUCUUGGUUUUAAAGCAGAAGACCGCACUGAAAAUAUUCGCAGAACUGGCGAAGUGGCAAAACUCUUUGCUGAUGCUGGCCUAAUAUGUGUAGCCAGUCUGAUAUCUCCUUAUCGAAGAGAUCGGGAUACUUGUCGUGCCAUGUUGCCUGAUUCCAAUUUUAUUGAGGUCUACAUGAACAUGCCUCUAUCAUUGUGUGAGGCAAGAGAUCCAAAAGGCCUCUAUAAGCUUGCUCGUGCCGGAAAGAUCAAAGGUUUUACCGGCAUUGACGAUCCAUACGAACCACCCUUAAAUUGUGAGAUUGAAAUUAAGGAGGAUAGUGGAGUUUGUCCCACACCAUAUGUGAUGGCAGGAAAAGUUGUUUCUUACUUGGAGGAGAAAGGAUAUCUUGAAUGUUAGGGAAAUAUUCAUAUAUCUAAUGUUUGAUUUUGUAAUGUCUAAUGUUUGUUCUAGUUGAAGUUGAAAUCCUAGAAAGUUUGGUAGUAGGAGGCAGUGUUGAGAGGAUGAGUGGAUUUGUAAAGAUAUAUUUUAUUGAUGAAAGAUUAAGUUCAUGAUGUUUUUCAA